CAGGAAGUGAGAGACGGGAGUUAAGAUACAAAUACAAAUAAGUUGGCAGAUCCUGUGAAAGUAAGCUGCUCUUGAAGUGGAGAGAAGACCAGAAGUAACAGGGAGAAUGGCAUCAAGGAAGAAAGUUCUUCUAAAAGUCAUUAUUCUUGGGGAUUCAGGUGUUGGAAAGACGUCUUUAAUGAACCAGUAUGUUAACAAGAAAUUCAGUAAUCAGUACAAAGCUACAAUAGGAGCUGACUUCCUUACAAAGGAGGUGAUGGUUGAGGACAGACUUGUUACUUUGCAGAUUUGGGACACAGCUGGACAGGAAAGGUUUCAGUCUCUUGGGGUCGCGUUUUAUCGGGGUGCUGACUGCUGUGUGCUGGUAUUCGAUGUUACUGCUCAUACCACAUUUAAGACACUGGAUUCCUGGAGAGAUGAGUUUUUGAUUCAGGCCGGUCCUCGUGACCCAGACAACUUCCCUUUCCUGGUCCUAGGCAACAAGAUUGACCUGGAAAACAGGCAGGUGACAACAAAGCGGGCACAGGCAUGGUGUCAGAGUAAAAACAAUAUUCCAUACUUUGAAACCAGUGCAAAAGAGGCCAUCAAUGUUGAACAGGCAUUUCAAACCAUUGCACGUAAUGCUCUAAAACAGGAAACAGACCUUGAUACUGAUAUUGAAAUUCCAGAUCAGAUUAAGUUGAACAGAAAUGACAUCUCCAGCUCGUCUGAACAAAGCUGUAGCUGCUAACGCUUGUGUAUAUUGACACUAACAGAUUUGCACAAUCUACCUUUGCCCUUUUAAAAAUUUAUUUUUACUUCAAUAAACACACACACACACAAUAUGUAUGUACAGUAUAAAAUGUGCCAAAAUUAUUGAUUUUUUUAAAUUUACAAAAUAUUUUAAAUAAAUACAAUCAAAUAA